GACACGCAAACGGUGCGACAGGCUCGGCGUACGGGCGGCGGUAGUGAGAGGGUCUGAGAGUGUCUGGGGCAGGGUGAGGGCGGAGGAGGCGGCGCUGCUGCUGGCAUUCCCUGUGCACUGUGCCUGGUUUCCUGUAUCCUCUCACCCGGGCUCUCGCUUCCUCUCGCGUCUCAUGUAAGGAAGGUCCCCGCAGCUCUCGCUGCUCUCGGCCGGAGCUGAGGGGUCGCUUUACCUCCUUCAGGUGCUCGGACAAGAAGAACCGGAACCCAAAUGGCGUCCAACACGGACAGGGAGGUGAUCCUGCCAGACUAUCAGGAUUCAAGAAGUCAAAUCAUUGCUGAACCCAUGGGUAUUAAUCAGAAAACUGACUUCUCAGACCCACUAGUGCAGCCAAAUUUGGAUGAAGUAAAGGACCAGAUCAAGCGUGAAAUCAGAAAAGAACUUAAAAUCAAAGAAGGCGCCGAAAACCUAAGGAGAGUCACCACGGACAAAAAAAACUUGGCAUAUGUGGACAAUAUUUUGAAAAAGUCCAAUAAAAAGCUGGAAGAACUACACAACAGCUUGCAGGAACUAAAUGCGCACAUUGUUGUCAAAGAUGCAGAGGAUCUCCCAGAUUGUCCGAAGACGCCAGAUACUCCUAAAAGUGAUUCGCACUCUUCUACCAACAGUGGCAGAUUAGCGGCAUUACAGAAACAACUGGACAUAGAGCUGAAGGUGAAACAAGGAGCAGAGAACAUGAUUCAGACAUAUUCUAAUGGGCCCUCAAAAGAUAGGAAGCUUCUUGGCACCGCUCAGCAAAUGCUUCAAGAUAGCAAGACAAAAAUAGAAGUCAUCCGUAUGCAGAUUCUUCAAGCUGUGCAGACCAAUGAGAUGGCGUUUGAUAAUGCAAAACCUGUAAUAAGUCCACUUGAGCUUCGAAUGGAAGAAUUGCGGCAUCAUUUCAGGAUAGAAUUUGCAGUGGCUGAAGGAGCGAAAAAUGUAAUGAAGUUAUUAGGCUCUGGAAAAGUUACAGACAGGAAAGCACUGACCGAAGCACAAGCAAGAUUUAAUGAAUCCAGUCAGAAGCUGGAUCUUUUAAAAUAUUCACUAGAACAAAGGCUUAGCGAACUCCCCAAAAAUCAUCCGAAGAGCAGUAUUAUUCUUGACGAACUUACCCUUGUUUCAUCUCCAACACUAAGCCCUCGCCAAAGUAUGAUUUCUACGCAAAACCAGUACAGUACACUAUCGAAGCCUGCUGCUUUAACAGGUACCUUGGAAGUCCGACUCAUGGGCUGCCAGGAUAUCCUGGAGAAUGUCCCCGGCAGAUCCAAAGCCACCUCUGCUACCCUCCCCGGCUGGAGCCCAAGUGAAGCUCGAUCUUCCUUCAUAAGCAGAACCAGUAAAAGUAAAACAGUCAGCAGUAGGAACCUUCUAAAGGCUGAUGACUUUUCCAAUGAAGUCUGUGCCGUACUGAAGUUGGAUAAUACUGUAGUUGGUCAGACCCCCUGGAAACCUAUUUCCAAUCAGUCGUGGGAUCAGAAGUUUACACUGGAGCUGGACAGGUCGCGAGAAUUGGAGAUUUCCGUAUUUUGGCGUGAUUGGAGAUCUCUAUGUGCAGUCAAAUUUCUGAGACUAGAAGACUUUUUAGACAACCAGCGUCACGGAAUGUGCCUUUAUCUAGAGCCACAGGGCACCUUGUUUGCUGAGGUUACAUUUUUUAAUCCGGUUAUUGAAAGAAGACCAAAGCUUCAGAGGCAAAAGAAAAUCUUUUCAAAACAACAAGGCAAAACAUUCCUACGGGCUCCUCAGAUGAAUAUUAAUAUUGCCACAUGGGGGCGGCUGGUGAGACGAGCGAUACCAACAGUUAAUCACUCCGGCACUUAUAGCCCCCAGGUUACUAUUCCUUCGUCAGUACCUAUAGUGGAUAUUCGAAACAUGGAAUUAUCACCGUCAGCCAGCGAGUCUGCGGUAGGCAAGUUGAACUUUGAGGCUGAGCCAGAGGCCCCACCUGCUUCAUCGCGACCGUCUUCACUUGGUGAUAUUUAUCAGGCUUCACCAGACAAGUCGCUGAUUACUCUAUCUCAGGAUGUAGCAGAAGAUUAUGAUUAUUCAAAUAAUAGAAACAGUCUGGUUACAAAUCAGACAACAGAGGUGAUCAGUGAACCCGAGAUCCUGGCGUCUGAUCAUACUUAUGACAUAAGAGAAUCUGAAGAAAGACGAGUUCAGCCGCUCUUUCAGUUCAGUUUACAAGACUUCAGAUGCUGUGCUGUGCUGGGGAGAGGGCAUUUUGGAAAAGUGCUGCUUGCAGAAUAUAAAAAGACCAAUGAGAUGUUUGCCAUUAAAGCCUUAAAAAAAGGGGAUAUUGUUUCCCGGGAUGAAGUUGACAGCCUUAUGUGUGAAAAACGUAUCUUUGAAACUGUGAAUAGUGUACGGCACCCGUUUUUGGUAAACUUAUUCGCCUGUUUCCAAACCAAAGAUCAUGUCUGCUUUGUAAUGGAAUAUGCAGCUGGUGGGGACCUCAUGAUGCACAUCCAUACAGAUGUUUUUUCAGAACCAAGAGCUGUGUUUUAUUCUGCUUGCGUGGUUCUUGGGCUGCAAUAUUUACAUGAGCAUAAGAUUGUUUAUAGAGAUUUGAAGCUGGAUAACCUGUUGUUGGAUACAGAAGGUUUUGUAAAAAUUGCUGACUUUGGUCUUUGUAAAGAAGGAAUGGGGUUUGGAGAUCGCACUAGUACAUUCUGUGGAACACCAGAGUUUCUUGCUCCAGAAGUGCUAACGGAAACUUCAUAUACCCGAGCUGUGGAUUGGUGGGGACUGGGUGUGCUCAUUUAUGAAAUGCUUGUUGGUGAGUCCCCAUUCCCAGGAGAUGAUGAAGAGGAAGUGUUUGACAGCAUUGUGAAUGAUGAAGUAAGGUAUCCACGGUUCCUGUCAACAGAAGCUAUAUCCAUAAUGAGAAGACUGCUGAGGAGAAAUCCAGAGAGGCGUCUUGGAGCAAGUGAAAAAGAUGCAGAAGAUGUUAAAAAGCAUCCGUUCUUCAGACAUAUUGAUUGGACUGCUCUGCUGGCAAAGAAAGUAAAGCCUCCAUUUGUACCGACAAUCAAAGGGCGUGAAGAUGUUAGCAAUUUUGAUGAUGAAUUUACCUCAGAAGCUCCGAUUUUAACUCCUCCUAGGGAGCCACGGUUGCUGUCCGAGGAAGAGCAGGAAGCGUUCCGAGAUUUUGACUACAUUGCAGAUUGGUGUUGAGAACCAAGACACUGUGAAACUGGAGUGAACUGGCUGACGAGAGAAGUAAAAUAAGAAACAAUUCUUUUAACCUCUUUGUGCCAACUUCAGUUCUGGAUUAUUUUAUUUUUUAAAUCACAUGAAGAUUCUUUUUAAAGUACUUUUUUAAAAAAAAAAAAUAUAAACUUUUCUAAAAGCGGCCACUUACAACGUAUGACGUGCCCUCGCCCGUUUAUUUUUUUAACUGAGCACUGGAAAGCAAUUUACCUAUGAUCAACAUGAAAUCAAGAAAAUUUGGCCAUGUCAUCCUUGGCCAUAAUAUUUUUAUCUGUACCUCUUUUGUGUUCGUCUACUUCAUGAUGCUGUAAAAUCUGUGUGUACUUA